UCGAGGGCUGGCCGCAGGUGGAGGCUUUCCAAGCCCGGCCAGAUGACCUGCUCAUUGCCACCUACCCCAAAUCGGGCACAACGUGGCUGAGCGAGAUCCUGGACAUGAUCUACCAUGAUGGCAAUGUCGAGAAGUGCCGACGGGAUGCCAUCUUCAACCGGGUGCCCUUCCUGGAAAUGAAGAUCCCCGAGAUGCCGAGCGGCGUCGAGCUGCUGGAGAAAACCCCAUCCCCACGGCUAGUGAAGACCCAUCUUCCAGUCCAGCUCCUCCCAACCUCCUUUCGAGACAAGGACUGCAAGGUCAUCUACAUGGCCCGCAACCCCAAGGAUGUCGUCGUCUCCUACUACUACUUCUACCAGAUGGCCAAGAUACACCCUGACCCCGGCACGCUGGGCGAGUUCCUGGAGACCUUCAUGGCUGGCAAAGUGGCCUACGGGUCCUGGUAUGAGCACGUGCAGGGCUGGUGGGAGAAGAAGCAGGAGAAGCAACUUCUCUACCUCUUCUAUGAAGACAUGAAGAAGGACCCACAGUGGGAGGUGCAGAAGAUCCUGCAGUUCCUGGGCAAGGAGGUGACGGAGGGGACGUUGGCAAAGAUCCUCCACCACACCUCCUUCCAGGAGAUGAGGAAGAACCCUGCCACCAACUAUGAGACCAUACCCACUGCCCUGAUGGACCACAGCCUCUCCCCCUUCCUCCGGAAAGGGAUCUCCGGGGACUGGAAGAACCACUUCACUGUCGCCCAGAAUGAGCACUUCGACCAGCACUACCAGGAGCACAUGGCAGGCUCUGACCUCCACUUCCAGAUGGAAGUGUGA